CGAUCAGUCGCGCAUGCGCAGUGGUGUCCACAGUUCUGCACAGGUGCGCGCUUACACCUGUCAGCAGUACACAGAGCUUUGCGCUUCAUCAGAGUGACAGACGAGAUUCAAACACACGGGAAAAGGUGGCUAAUUGAUUGACACAUGGAGCUAAUUGCAUCCACUCAGAUGGCCACUUACACUCGGCCAAAAUCAAGCCAUUUCCUACCGGCCAUAUCUACCACAGCAGCUAGUUAUAGGAGCCACCAGCCAGCCUUGACCCUCAACCAGAAUUCAAACAUGCCCUGGAGGACUAAUUCUUACUUUAGAAGUGGCAGUGCUAUCCCAACUGUAUCAGCCCUUCAAAGAGAAAACCUAGACUUUGUCCGGGCCAAGACCAUGUUCUACCCCUCUAACAGGACAGCUCUCAGUGCACGCUACAUGCCAGAGGACUGGUUCAAGUCCAACCACAGUAAUUACAGGGAGUCAGAGUCGUCCCGGAACAGUGCCGAAAGGCUUCGGAGGGACACAAUCCGCAUGAUCCAGGAUAAGGACCAGAUGACCCGUAGAACUCAGGACACCACCAGCAAGAACAUCGGAGAAAGACUAAACGACAUCAGCUUCUGGAGAUCAGAGCUCAAUCAUGAGAUAGACAACAUGGUGACAGAGAUAUCAGCGUUGACGGAUGUGAAAAGAAGACUGGAAAGAGCACUUGCUGAAACUGAAGGGCCACUGCAGGUUUCUCAGGAAUGUUUGUUCCACAGGGAGAAACGGAUGUCCAUUGAUCUGGUUCAUGAUGAUGUAGAGAAAGAUUUAAUUAAGGAAGUGGAAGUGAUUAAGUCAUGUCAGGAGAGAAUGAGGCGGCAUUUAGACAGAGCUAUUGCUCAACUAGCGUCGAAUCGUGCCGCACAGCACGAGUUGGAGAGAGAUUUGAGUGACAAGGUCACAGCACAGAGAAUUGAUGAUAGGUGUCACCAUCUCAGGAACACCUCUGAUGGAAUCAGCUACUAUAGAGGGAUCGAUCGCAUGGACCCAUCUAUCAGUCUUCCCGACUCCUGGUCGAAGUUUACUGACGACAACAUCCUGCAUUCUCAGAGCGAACGUGCCGCCUCUCACAAACUCCGUGAUGAGAUUGAGAUCCUGCUCAGUGCCACUUCAAACGAGAUGUGGAACCAGUUUAACAGUUUAAAUGUGUCUUUUACCAACCGCAUCUCUGAGAUGGCAGAUGCCAAGAACAAUCUGCAAACCCACCUGGCCAAGACCCUUCAGGAAAUCUACCAGACCGAGAUGCUGAUUGAAGCUUUAAGAAAGGCAAUCCGAGACAAAGAGAACCCACUUAAAGUUGCCCAGACCCGCCUGGAAGAAAGGUCUCGCAGACCAAACGUCGAACUCUGCAGAGACAAUCCUCAUCACAGGCUGAUAACAGAGGUGAGGGAGAUCGAAGACACCAUUCAUAAACUGAGAGAGAGACUGAUGGAGGCCGAGAACACUCUCCAGACCCUGGUGAAGACCAAAGUUGCUCUAGAGCAUGACCUGUCAAUCAAAGCCAACUCUCUGUUCCUGGAUCAGGAGAAGUGCAUGGGUAUGAGGAAGAGCUUUCCCAGCACUCCUCGUCUGGUCGGAUACACCUAGACACCUUCCAGAAUCUUCUCCAAAAGAUGAACUACAAGAUUAGCAUCAGAACAGCUUUUGUCUUGUUCUUUUUAUUAAGAGGAAUAACAUUUUGCACCUCACUUUUAUUGUUUCACUAAGUUAAUCACAUCUAUCUAUCUAUCUAUCUGUCUAUCUGUCUAUCUAUCUAUCUAUCUAUCUAUCUAUCUAUCUAUCUAUCUA